UACCCUCCUCUGUAGUCGCGUCAGAUCUUGGACUUGAAUCUUUUUUCAAUGAAUUCGAUGAAUUUAGCGGAGAAAAUGGUCAAGAUGGCAGAAUAAGAGGAGAUUUCUAUUUAGGGCUGGUUUUGAAGUCUGAAACGGCUGUCGGUGGCGAGAUCUCUGGAGAAUUUAUCUGUGAAGAAGACACAUCAGAUUCUUUAUUAUUAAAUGUGCAGAACUACAAGGACUCUGAAUUGAAGAGGGUACUUGCAAAGCCGAGAACAAUAAUCUGUACCAGAAAGAGUAAGUGCUUUGUAUUUAGUUGGAAGGGACUAAAUACAGAGGGAUAUAAUUGGUUUUAGAGCAAGAACAAGUUGGUUGCUUUAGAUUGCUCAAAGGCUAAAAGGGAUCUUCAUAUGGGAAAGCUACUUGAAUGGUUCAACUUGGCCGACAUCUUUCUUGUAGAUAAGCUCAGGGAGAACAAUCUUCCUUCUUUCUUCGUCUUCUGGUGUUGUUGUUACGUACAUCUUAUUGGGAGACGCACAAAGUAAAUGUAGACGAUGUUCUUGAUGGUAGCGGCAUCAAUCGUUCUCUGUCUAUAGAAACUUUGGGAUACAACUUCGAAGUAGCUUGAGGGAAGGGAAUCGGAAAAAACUGGGAAACAUGGAGAGCAAUGUUUGUUGGCCCUAUUUUGAUCCUGAAUAUGAGAGUCUGAGCCAAAGAAUCCACCCACCCAUGGUCGGUAUAGACAACGAUACAUAUGGUGACUGCUCCCUAGUGAUGGUUGACAGUGCUAACCGACAUGGAAUUCUUCUGGAAGUAGUUCAAGUUUUGACAGAUCUUGAUUUGAUCAUCUCUAAAGCUUACAUUUCUUCAGACGGUGGCUGGUUUAUGGAUGUCUUCCAUGUAACAGAUCAGCUGGGUAACAAGCUGACUGACCAGAGAAUCAUUGAUUACAUUAAGCAGGCUUUGGGAGCAAAAAGGGGUCCUGCCACCAUGGAGGUGAGGACAUGCUUGGGGCGCACCGUAGGGGUUCAAUCUAUUGGGGAACACACUGCCAUAGAAAUGACUGGUACAGAUCGGCCUGGUCUUCUUUCUGAAAUUUCAGCAGUGCUUACCAAUCUGAAUUGCAAUGUGGUGGCAGCAGAAGUAUGGACUCAUAACAUGAGAGUUGCAUGUGUGGUCUAUAUCACUGAUGAAUUGACCUCUAGACCCAUAGAAGAGCCAGACCGGCUGGCUACCAUCAAGGAGCAGCUGUCCAAUGUGCUUAAGGGGAAUGAUGAUAGAAGGGGUGUCAAGACAGAUUUCUCUAUGGGUUUAACUCACACAGAACGUCGGUUGCACCAGAUGAUGUUUGCUGACAGGGAUUAUGAAGGCCCUGAAACUAGCUCACUGGGUGAAGAUGGAAAGCCUAUUAUAACAAUAGACAAUUGCAUUGAGAAGGGGUAUUCAGUGGUUACAGUCCACUCAAAGGAUAGGCCUAAGCUUUUGUUUGAUACUGUCUGCACACUAACAGAUAUGCAGUAUGUGGUCUUUCAUGCAAGCAUCAAUUCCAGUGGAUCAUGCGCAUUGCAGGAAUAUUACAUCCGUCACAUGGAUGGAUGUACCCUGGACACUGAAGGUGAAAAACAGCGGGUAAUCAAAUGUUUAGAGGCUGCAAUAGAACGAAGAGUAUCGGAGGGGCUACGCCUUGAGCUCUGUACUAGUGAUAGGGUUGGCCUCCUUUCAGAUAUUACUCGCAUUUUUCGGGAGAAUGGUUUAUCUGUUACGAGGGCUGAUGUUACAACACGAGGUGAUAAAGCAGUGAACGUUUUCUAUGUCACAGAUGCCUCUGGAAAUCCUGUAGACAUGAAGAUUGUUGAAGCCAUGAGAAAAGAGAUUGGCGAUACAAUUCUACAAGUAAAAAAUGUGCCUAGUUCUCCUAGAUCGUGCCCAAUAGAUACUACAGAAAAGCCCAGGUUUUCUUUUGGAAGCUUACUUAAGUCUCAGCUUGAGCGGAUCUCUUAUAACAUUGGUCUUAUCAAAUCUUAAAUCUGAGUGAAAACUUAAACUAAGAUUAGCCAUUGUUUAUUCAUCAGCCAUUUCAAAGGAUGAAUGUCUUUUGUUGUAGAUCUAUCAUUAUCCUGCCAGUGGCAGGGAUUACCAACGCUUGGAAGGUGGUGCAUGUUAUGCCACUUAAUUUGUAUCAGCACUGUAGAUGGGGUCUCAAAUCAGGGGAACUCUGAUAAUAAGUUUGAAUGCUUGGCCUCACCGAAGUGCUCCAGUUGGAUGUCAUAUGCCUAUUUCAAAAAAAUUGUGAUCCUUGUCAAAUGCUUUGCUAUAAUGAUCAUCCAGCCUACUGCCUUGGAAAGCUGCUACAGUUUGGUUUCCAAAUCAUCUUCAUGUACAAACUAUCUAUGAGUUUCUAGCAAAAAGCACUUGUGAGCUCCGUCUCUCACAAUCUUUUCUGUAAAUAGUGAAAGGCCUCAUUCUCAUGCCUUAAGCUGUAAAGAUUCUGGACAAGUCUAUUUAUCUGUAUAGUAGUUAAAGUUUCUUUUCA